AUGAAAUCAAAUGGGUCGAAUAAUCGAAACUGUAAACACCACCGCCAGUCCGCCAUCACCAAUUCAACACCACCAGUAAACACUGAAGACCGCCGAGCUCCUCCUCUCACCGCCACCGACCUCCACCAAGAGUUGAUAUUUCUAAGUCCUUCAGGAAUCAGAAUGGCAGAUUUCUGCUUCUCAGGUUUAGUGUGUGAGAGACUGAGAUUGGCCAAAGUAAUGGCUGGCCGUGAUGGUUCUGUAAAAAUUAAGGGGAGUGAUGAUAUGGAUGAUUUGCCAAUUCUCAAUCAGGAGCACUUGCAAAGCAACAUGAGAGUUAUUCACUACAGCCGGACAUUUAUGUCUAUAAUUGGUGGAGUCAUUGCUGGAAUUCUGGGUUUAACCAGCUUGAUGGGAUUCAUCUUUUAUUUCCUUGUCAUGGGUAUAACUUCAGUUGGAUUAGCUGCCAAGGCAGGGUUUUCAGCUCAAACAUACUUCGAUAGCUGGAACGGGAUAAUACUUGAUGGCUUCCUUGGAGGCCUCAUGUCAUUUGUGCUCUUCUGGACAUUUGCGUAUGACAUUGUACACAUAUUUUGA